AUGCCAUUGAACACUCAAACGGAUAUUCUAAACUCGAAAGCGCCAAUUCAACCACCAGAGUCACCAACGGCGCGCGCAUACUACAGAAAGGACGCCGCAUCUCGAGGUAAGGAAGACCAGCACAGCUCUAACGUGCCGAUUCAUCAACGAAACACCGAGACUAUGAUACGGAACAAAAUCAUGUGGGAGAAGAACAUACUUCCUAAGGGUCGUAUUGAUUGGGUUAUAGUUGGUUUUAAUGCACCAGCAUCGGUCGAGAAGAAGGCUGAGGCGCAGAUUGACUUCGAGAAGACUGUUGAGAAGGAUAGUAAAGAUUCUGAAGAUAAUAUCACUGCUACAAUACCACUUGAGCUAGAACCUACAAUCAAAGAGAAUGCGCUACGUCUGGUCAUUAGAGAAAGCCCAAGAAACUGGUUGCAGAAGCUGUCAAGAAGCCAGAGUUCAUUGCCACGAAAUCUGUCACAAACGAGAUCGCUGUCCUCGAGAAGAAGGGUUGUCGAAAGAGGGAGCAGAGACCUACGAUUGAUUACACAGAGCAACCAGAAGUCAAAGACCACAUCGUCAACCCCAACCCCACAUAGACCACUCAGUAAUCCUCAUUCGUGUAAUGUGUCACCUAAAUCACCACUGGCGAAUGAAUUACAUCCUGCCGAAGUCUUAAGAUCAUACCAAGGAAGCAUAAAUUCGAGUCGGGACAACUUUACUCCAAUUUACUGCCCUAAUGUCGAUAUACAAGGCCAAAAAGCACGACUUACGACCUCAAUCUAUCCCAGGGCCAAUCAAACCUUGACCAUUCGACCCAAGAAAUCGGUCAGUGUCGCUUCGAGAAUGAUAACGCACGCUUUAGGUGCUCGAGGGCCCUCCGCAUGGCGUGUGGUAUGGAGAAUUAGGGAAGAUUCAGAUGUUGGACUUUUACUGGAUGCAUCACACAUAUUGGCGUUAGAUGUUCUUAAUCUUUUAAGUCUGAAAUGUUAG